CGGGCUUACUUGGCUGUUGUUUGGACGUCAGGACUGGGCUAAGUGGCUGAACCAAGUUUCUGCUCGCUGGUGCCAACGCCCGGCGAAAACAUCCAACUUAUCAGAUAAAAACACAGAGCUAACGCAAUUGUCAGCAGCAACCCGAAAGCACAGAGAUGCAGACUAUCAAGUGUGUUGUGGUGGGUGAUGGAGCAGUGGGAAAAACCUGCUUAUUGAUUUCAUACACCACCAACAAGUUCCCUUCUGAAUAUGUACCAACAGUGUUUGACAACUAUGCAGUAACUGUAAUGAUCGGGGGUGAACCAUACACCCUUGGCUUAUUUGAUACAGCAGGUCAAGAGGAUUACGACAGGUUACGACCACUAAGCUACCCCCAGACUGAUGUUUUCCUAGUCUGUUUCUCAGUUGUUUCACCUUCCUCAUUUGAGAAUGUUAAAGAAAAGUGGGUUCCUGAAAUCACCCACCAUUGUCCUAAGACCCCGUUCCUGUUGGUAGGCACACAGAUUGAUCUCCGUGAUGACCCCUCCACAGUGGAGAAGUUGGCUAAGAACAAACAGAAGCCAAUCACCCCUGAGACAGCAGAAAAGCUUGCUCGAGACCUCAAGGCAGUUAAAUAUGUGGAGUGCUCAGCCCUAACUCAGAAAGGAUUAAAGAAUGUGUUUGAUGAGGCAAUACUGGCUGCCCUGGAACCUCCUGAACCUAAGAAAAAGCGUAAAUGCAUUCUGCUCUAAGAUGCUUCACUAUUACUUCUGUUUUCCCAAACUCGGUUAAUAGUACUGAUACAGUUUCCUGCACAAGCACAUUCCACCGUUAGUUGAGAUGUCAUCAAGUUUUAGCCUUCUCACCAACUUAACCUAAGCAGAUGUUUAAUGUUAUAGGAUUUUUUUUUUUUUUUUACUUGAUUAUCCUAUUAUGCUGUGCAAGAAAUUUUGAUGUCACUGAUGGUUGGAAACUUCACGAACUCCUGCCUGGUUAAACAAACCACAAACUGGAGAAACGUCUCGAUUUAACUUCAGUGUUAAUUUUAUGGAAGGAUUUCGGAAUAACUAAAAGUUUCCUGCACAUAGUUAUUGUUAUAGUGUUGGAAUUGUUUUGCAUUUCAUUGAAAAUGACUUAAAUUGUUAAGACUUCAACAUUCUAUCACCAGCUUUUUACAUAAAGCAAUAAUAAUCCCUGUGUUUCUUUACAUUUAAAAUGUCUUUCAGUCAUUUCAGCAUGGCCUUUAGGAUGAUCUAUGACAUGCAAUGCAGGAUAUUUCCACCCUUGUCCUAAUUUUCCCCAGACCGAGCCUUAUAAAUGCUUGACUUGCGAGGCUUAAAAUACAUUUUAGCAGUUCACACUCUAGACAUUUUUUUUAUUUAUUGCCACAGGAAAUUUUUCCCAGCAUAUAUUUCAAAGUUAGAAAAUGUCCAUCGUAACGACAUGAAUGAUCUCUUUACAAGAUGAAGUUUAAAAAGCUGUUCAGUUGCUGGGUAACUUUAACAUACCUGCGUCUCAUCAGCAACAGCUUAUAGUUCAAAGACUGAACCAAUCAAUGAUGGGGGUUUACUUUUUCAUUCCUAAUUCGUAAGGUGAAGUGACUUGUAAAUAUAUUAAUAACUUAUUUACUGAAUGAAAUUGUUCAUUACUCAUGAGAUUUUAAGAAGCUGAGAUGAAGCCGAAGUCAAAUUAACCUGAAAAAAUGUCUUUAAUUGUAUUCAACUUGAAAACGUUGUACUGUAUCUUGUUUGCGAUAAAAGGCACAACAAUAAACCAGUAUUAUGACAAAAUCUUCAAAUUAAA